UCAACUAGUUAGGUGAACAACACUAUCAACUAGAUCCCUUCUGCACAACUGCCAGUCAACAACCUUGCUCUGCCCUCUCUUUCUCCUUCCUGCUUUGUGUAUAUUUAAGCAUCACACCAUAACCUGAAUUGCCGCACCUUGCAAUACAGAGCUUUUUCGAUCUUAUACCACUGCAAAAUGGCCAGCGAUAAAACAUCAUGCCAAGAUGAGCGUGCAGGAGCAGAAAUUGUAUAUGGAGUUGAAGAUUGCUAUAGUCAUUCUCUUGAGCUCCUGAAAGAGUUGGGAUUCCCCAUGGGUGUCCUUGCUCUUAAGGACCUUGAAGAAUGUGGCUGUGUUCGCGAAACUGGAUUUGUGUGGAUGAAACAAAAGGCUCCAUACGAGCAUUACUUUGUCGCAACAAAAACUCUAGUUAGCUAUGCCACAGAGGUCACUGCCUACGUGGAGAAAGGAAGAAUGAAGAAAAUGACUGGAGUUAAGAGUAAGCAGCUAUUUCUGUGGGUGCCAAUAGUUGAGAUGAGCAUUGAGGAUCCUGCUCAGAACAAAAUUCACUUCAAGACUCCUAUAGGAAUUGGAAAGUCUUUCCCCCUCACUGCUUUCAUGACUGACGAAGAAAAGAAGAAGUAUCUGGAGAAAGCUAACGAGUAGAACAAUUAUCUACAUGAUUGCCCAUUUUGCUUCUUUUUUUUUUCGGCUCAGUAUAUUUUCUGUACUUUUUUUUCUGGCAUCAGUGCAUUGAUGCCCUUUUGUUUUAAAUCUGAUUUUCAUAUGAUUGCUAAAAGAAUGAUCUUUUUGAACCAAGUAUAA